AACAACAAAGCCGAACGAAGCGGACGUGUUUUACGCGGUUCGCGCAUUUGUGAUUGGUUGUAAAUAUUAUUGCCGUUUAAGGAAAGCAAUUUCAAAUAUCAAACGAAAAAUGUGCCGAUGCAAAAAAACAACAAAUGCCAAUACAUGAAUAGUACGCAAAUGAUUAUAUAUUUUUAAAAAGUGCUAGUGUACAUAAUCAUAAAAUAUAAAGUGCCGUCCAAAAAACGGUUGAUUUUUCGCGCAACGGUUUUUUUGUUCACACAAAAUACAUAUACACGCUCGCACACACACACACAAGCAUAGAAAGGGAAUACGAAAGAAAGGUGGAAAAGGGAAAUUGAUCAAAACAAAGCUUAUAUGCAACAGUAAAUUUGCAAAUUAUACGGCUGCAAUAUGUUCGAGUUGGAGGAUUAUUCAAGCAGUAUCCAUGAGGGUUUCUUCAGUAAAUAUGCGGAUGCCGCAGGACCUUCACUGGAUUUUUAUGUGUCCGACUCCAUGCAGGACAUGUUGGAUGUGGAUAUCCGGGCUGAGAUCGCCAAUGUUGUGGGCAGCUCCAGUGACAUGAGCUCGUUGGAUCACGCUCUGGAAGCCAUUUCGGCCAUCAACAACAGCAACAACAACAACAAUAGUAAUACCAACAGUCUGUUAUCAUCGACACACAAUGCGAAUGCCAAUCUGCUUGCCACAAGCGCGUUGCACGCCUCGCCGACCGCCAAGUGGAUGGGAUCGUGUGCCAAUUUCUGGUCAACAGCCGAUUAUUAUGCCGAUGUUGGCGCCUGUGUAAAUCCCAUUUCGGUGAUGCCGCUUAUCAACUCCAACUCCGGCUGCACAUCACUCCUAGGCUCCGGAUCGCCACAGAAGACACGAGGAGGUGGCGGCGCGACGGCGGCGCAGGGCAGAGCGGGCUCUGCCGCUGGACAGUCGCUGGUUGUGCCGCCGGCCUCGCCAUGUGAUCAGCACAAAUCGCAUUUGACCUUCUCGCCGGCACAGAUGAAGGUCAGUGCCGGCUCCAUGCGGCGGGAGCAAGUGAUGGCGCAUAUUCCAAAGCAGAUUUCAGCCUUGCCCAUUUCAUCAUCCGCCGUGACGGGCGGAGGAGCAACAGGAGUGGGAGGAGGAGGAGGAGGAGCCACAGCACCGGGAACCAUGGCAACGAAUUCAGCCCUGCAGAUGCAGCGACGCAAUUCGCCGGCACUGGAUGCGGUUCGCAAGGAUCUGGGCACGGAGCUGCGUAAGGUGCAGUCCAAUAUGGAUCAGGAGACAAAGAAUACUGCCAAAAAUAACAACAGCUUGCUGACAACGAACGGUGCCACCAGUACCAUCAAACUGGGACCUGGCAUUGGUGGGCUGACCUUUGCCAACAGUGCCACAUACAACAAGCUGAAGCAACAGACGUCCGUCAAGUCGCCCAACGGUGCUCCCCUCACCUCCAAUGGCAACAUCUUGCUCAAGCGGGAUCGUGAGGCGAGUCCACUGCACAAUAUGGCAACGUUGCAUGCCACAAAGCGAGGCAGUGCCCCAAAGAGCAUUGCCUCGGCGGCACAUUCCCCGCAUCAUCAAAUGCAGAUGCAGAGCAGCCUUGGUUCACCAUCCUCGACGUCUUCGUCAACAAGUGGCCGUCUUACCUCCACCGCAUCCUCCUCCCCCUUGUCCAACAACAACAAUAACAGCAACAGCAACAACAACAGCAACCACAGCAAUGUGAAGACGUUGCAACAGAAGAUGAAGGUGCCUGCAGCUGCCAUGAGCAGCAUGUUCCCAAAACCCGCCUAUUCCUAUUCGUGUCUCAUUGCGCUGGCGCUGAAGAAUUCGCGUGCUGGCUCUUUGCCCGUCUCGGAGAUCUACAGUUUUCUGUGCCAGCAUUUUCCGUACUUUGAGAAUGCUCCCAGUGGGUGGAAGAACAGUGUCCGUCACAAUUUGUCGCUGAACAAAUGCUUUGAGAAAAUUGAACGUCCGGCAACGAAUAGCAAUCAACGCAAAGGAUGCCGUUGGGCCAUGAAUCCUGAACGCAUCUGCAAGAUGGACGAGGAGGUGCAGAAAUGGUCACGCAAGGAUCCCGCCGCAAUACGCAAUGCCAUGGUCUAUCCGGAGCAUCUGGAAAGCUUGGAGCGUGGCGAAAUGAAGCAUGGCUCGGCCGAUUCCGAUGUGGAGCUGGAUUCUCAGUCUGAGAUCGAGGAAUCCUCGGAUCUAGAGGAGCACGACUUUGAUGAUACUCUAAUCGAUGCGAUGCUCGUCGAAGAGGAGGAGAAUGAUGAUGUUGACUGGGCAAAUAGCGAGGAUGAGGAUCAGGAGGAGUUUGUGUCAUGUAAACAAUCUAGCAAUCACCUGCCAACAAAUCACCAAAUGCUGCUUGCACAAAAGAAUGCAGAUUUUGACAUCGAGGUUGACGAGCUGUACGAUGCCAUCGAGAUUGAGGAUGACAAGGAGGCGGUGCGUAAUGCCAUUGCCAGUGGACGGACCCACAACAGCAUCAUUGAGCUGAAUCCGGCCGAUCUGAAUGUCAACGAUGGUUAUCAGUCGCCAAAGCGAGCUCGUCUCGACAUCAACUAUGCCAUCGGUCCAGCCGGUGAACUGGAGCAGCAGUAUGGCCAGAAGGUGAAAGUGCAGCAGGUGCAACAGAUAACACAGCAACAGCAACCGCCCACGUAUAAUCGUCGCAAAAUGCCGCUGGUUAAUCGAAUCAUAUAAGCGAUCACAGCAUAGGCAGCAACCACACCUCUCUAUAUAUUUAUAUAUAUACACAAUUGAAAUACAUGUAUAUGUGGUAUAUGAUAUGCACUUAGUGUUAGGUUUAUAUUUAAGAAACACCCGUCAGUUACGCUUAAUACUUUGAUCCAAAGUGGAUUUUUGUGUGUACACUGUACACUCCAUAUAUAUACAUUUAUAGGGAUUUAUAUACAUUCAGUUCUAUAUGUACAUAUAUGGCUCGGUUCUGUUGAUUCCAAAUUAGUUUGUUAUUCAAUUUAAAUCAUAUUGCAAUGCAUUAUUUUUAUUUUCAAAUAAAUGUUUAUGUUUUCAAGCAUUCAAGAAUAAGACCUCGGACUUCACAAUUGACACAUAAUUAUAAAGUUCGGUUAACAAUUUUGACGCUUGAGCAAAAACUCAAUUGAUAAUAUUAGUAUGUGUAAUUGUUUAAACUCUUAAUGUCUAGUGUGCUUAUUGUUUUCCAAAUUCUUGACUUUAAAGAUACACUUUGAAUCUGAUCUCUAAAGAAAACAAAAUUGUUUACUAAUCUAUGUUGUAUGUAAUCACAAUUGACGAUUUGUUUUCAGUAUGAUCAACUUUUUGACUACAGUAGUAAAGAAAAAGUAUAAAAUUAUGUAAAAAAAAAAAAACCAAAUAAUUAUUAUGAUUAAGUGUAACAUAACAAUUUUUGACAACGAAAUAUGAAACACACAUCGGUUAUAUUUCCACACUUGUUAACUGUACAUACGAAUUGCAUUUAAACGCAUUUGCAGCGAACUUUAUAAUU